AUGCUCACCGCCCCCUUCCUUGUUUCUGAUCCAAAGCCUUCAAUCGAGGCAGCGCAGGCGCUGACUCCCACCCAGACAGCGUUUGGCACCGCUCCUGUACCCUGGUCUCCUUCAGCAUCGUCAUACGGCUCCGCAGACGCAUCCGAUGAGGAGAGCUCGUCUUCAGACACGCCAUGGACGUCGGUGGCCAGCUCUGUGGUCUGUACCCCAAACCGCGAGUCUCACGACGACCCCUACAGCGCGUACUGCCUGCCCGCGGACGGGCAAGAGAAGCUUCGGCUCGACCAGCAGCACGUCUUCAUCCGGGAACAUAUCUGCGGCGGGCGUUUAAUCCUCGAUGACAGCGUGACGCUCAAGGAGGGCGCGCUCGUUCUCGACCUCGGCACCGGGUCGGGCGCCUGGGCGGCUGACAUGGCUCGCCGCGUGCCUGCUGGUGUCAAGAUCCAGGGCUUCGAUAUCAGCAACCGUCUCUUCCCGCCGGACUCGCACAACGUGGCUUUUGCCACUGGCAACGUCCUGGAUUUGCCUACUUACCUGGAGUCCCGCGUCGCGCUUGCCCACCAGCGUCUCCUUAUCUACGCGCUUCGGCGCCACGAGUGGAGCCAUGCUAUUGCCUCCAUCAAGAACACUCUCGUUCCUGGCGAGGGAGUCGUCCAACUCACUGAAGUCUUCACUCCUUCCGGGAACCCUGGUGCCGCGCAAGAAAAGUUUCAAACCCUGCUUUCCGCCAUCGGGCGCCGGCGCCAACUCCUUCUCGACUGCGGCGAGCAGCUCCCUACUCUCCUUGACCAAGCCGGCUUCGCAGACGUCACUAAAAAGGCAAUCAAGGUUCGUCUGGGCAGCGCUGGCGGCGUGCAGGGCAUGGAAGCAGCCGCAUGCCGCAUCGGCGCCUUCCGCGGCAUGCGCGACAGCGUCUUGCUGGACGGCGGGUACGGCGUUGUGAGCUGCGCGGAAGGCUUCGACGAGCUGCUCGACCGCGUGGUGGCUGAGUGGGAGACUAAUGAGUGCUAUGCCGUUUACUACACCAUCACUGCGCGGCGCCCGGCUUUGGGGUUUGUGGCUCCGCCUGAGUCGCUCAGUAUGCCUGAGGUCUUUGACUUCCAUGCCCGGCACAAUGGCCAUUGGCCUUUUUACCGCUAUGCUGAGGACGACACUGUGCAGCAGGUCUCGUACAAGACGCUUGCGGCUGCUGUUCAGCGUGCUGCGAAGUUUGUCCUUGCUGCUGCUGCUGGCGAGGGAGACUUGCCCGUCGCUGUUCUCGCUGUCGCGGGUAUGUCACUUUUCCCCUUUUCUUCCACCACUUACUGA